UUGAACAUAAAAAAAUACUACCAAGAAAUGGCAAUCGAAAUUCGCAAACGGAAAUAGAUGGCGCUGGCAUCUUUGCAAUGAUGGAAGUGUUUCUCUACAAUUCUACAGUUUGUAGAUUAUGUGGAGAAGAAAAUGAUAAUGGAACAUUGCUAUAUUCUUGUGAAGAAAAUACUCAAAACUUGGGUGAACUUAUCAAUACAUAUCUACCCCUGAAGGUAUCAGAUGAUGGCCAACUGCCCCGUACCAUCUGCCCCGGAUGUACUAUACAAUUGGAAGCUACUGUUGAAUUUUUUACUCUCAUCUACAAUGGCCAGAAAGUCAUCCGUGAACUUUAUCAAAGAGAGAAGGAGUAUAAAAGUAAUAAUGAAAUUUCCACCAUGACUGAAGAAAAUGUUUUAACGGACACUAUGGUCUAUGAAAUAACAACCGACGGCGUGUAUCAAGAGGAGCACCCGGCGGCGCUAGCAGCCGCCGGUUUGGACAAGCCGAAGCGCAAGCGCGGCCGCCCGCCCAAGAAGACCAAGGCUAACAUGGAGAAGGCGCAGGCCCAGGAUACCGCCCUGAAGCAGGCGGAGCUGCCCAAGACUGAGGCGGUGGAAACCACUGGCAAGCGGCGAAGGAAGACUCCCACGCGGUAUAAGGAGGCUGUUCAGGGCAAAGAGCUGGAGAGGAUAUUCAAAGAGGAGGGCGUGAUCGACGGAGAUGAAGACGAGGAGAACAAAGCCGAGGCCGAGCGCAAACGCCUGCCGAGAGAGCCCGAGGUCAUCGGCCAUAGAGAAGACUCUGGCGAACUCGUCGUGGUGGUUAAGGGAAAAGGCCGCGGUAGACCUAAAGGUCGUUCGCGCCAAGGUCCCCAAGAAUGCGACAUCUGCGGUCUCCAAUUCUCGUGCGUCGGCCGCUACAUGUCGCACGUGGCAUCGCACGGGCCGGUGCGCUACCGCUGUCGGGAAUGCGGUGCCACGCUGCCCACGCGCCUCCAGUUUGAACAGCACCAGGCGCGUGCAGGGCAUACAGGCCGCCUUGUACUGCCUGCCGACGCGGAUGAAGAGUUCCCGACCCACGCUGAAGUGCUAAUAGAAGCUCCCAAAGAUCCGCUAGCACCAGACGUUGAGACGCCAAAUGUCUGCGAAGGCCUGCCCGACCUUAGCGCGGAGCCCCCGGAGCCGCCGCAGCCGGCCCAGACCACGAAGCAGGCUACGAGUGACGUCAACAAUGACGUCAUGCCCGACACCACUGGUGAUGACAAUGUGCUCACAAUGAAUUUACCAAAUGAUCCUGAAGACGAAGAGAAAACCAAAAAAGGCAAACCGAAGUUAAAAUGCAACCACUGCGACAAAAUGUUCAGCUCUAAGCAAAGCAAAUCUAUGCACAUUAAGGCGACCCACCAGGGCGAGCGGCCAUACACCUGCGGCGAAUGCGGCGCCAAGUUCGCGUAUCCUCGCUCGCUGUCACUACACGUUGUGUCGCACCGCCGCGGCAAACACGCCAAGGGAUACGCCUGCGACCUGUGCGGAAAGGUCCUCAACCACCCGUCAUCCGUGGUGUACCACAAAGAAGCGGAGCACGCGGGCCAGCGCUACAUCUGCAGCAAGUGCGGCAAGCACUUCAAGCACAAGCAGCUGCUCGCGCGCCACCAGCUCGUGCACUCGCAGCACCGGCCCUUCACCUGCAAGACUUGCAACGCGUCGUUCAAGACGAAGGCGAACCUUCUAAACCACGCGCUGCUCCACUCAGGCGUGAAGCGCUUCUCAUGCGAGAUUUGCAAGCACAAGUUCGCGCACAAGACCAGCCUCACGUUGCACAUGCGAUGGCACACAGGUCAGAAGCCGUAUUCAUGUGGUUCCUGCGGCAAGUCGUUCAGCCAAAAGGGCAACUUGUCAGAGCACGAGCGCAUCCACACCGGCGAGAAGCCCUACGGAUGCACGCUGUGCGGGCGCCGCUUCACCACCUCCUCACAGCACCGCCUGCACGCGCGCCGCCACGCCGCCGAGCGGCCCUUCGCCUGCAACCAGUGCGGCAAACGCUCGCGAGAGACCGUCGUAGCUCCCAGUAGCUCGCGUGAGCCCGUCGUAGCUCUCAGUAGCUCGCGAGAGCCGUUCUUAACUCCCAUUAGCUCGCGAGAGACCGUCGUAACUCCCACUAGCUCACGCAAGUGCGUCGUAGCUCACGAGCGCAUCCACACCGGCGAGAAGCCCUACGGAUGCACGCUGUGCGGCCGCCGCUUCACCACCUCCUCACAGCAUCGGCUACACGCGCGCCGCCACGCCGCCGAGCGGCCCUUCGCUUGCAACCAGUGCGGCAAGCGGUUCCUCUCCCGGGCCGCGUACGCAGCGCACGCGCGGCGAGAAGCGGGCGCGCGAGCGCACCGCUGCGGCUGGUGCGGGCGCGGCUUCGCGGAGCGCUGGGCGCUGCUCAAGCACGCGCGCCGCCACACGGGCGAGCGACCCUUCCGCUGCCCGCACUGCCCGCGCACCUUCGCCGACUGCUCCAACAUGAACAAGCACCGCAAGCAAGUCCACAAACAAAUCAGCCUCCUGGCGCCGGAGCCCUCGCGCGGUGCCCCAGUGGCGAUGGUAGCGGAGCCCUCGCCCGAGCCCGCGCUCGACAACGCUGGGGAUUCGGAUUCUGAGCGCGUCAUCUACGUGGCCUACGACGUGGGCUCAGACGAGCCCGCCUACCACAUCAUCGAUGCUGAACAGGCAUUAGAGCUCCAAGAACCCGAGGAAGAACCUGAGAUCAGCCAGCCGGAGCCCACGCAACACAUGCCGGUGACGGACGAGCACGGCAACCCGCUGCACUUCACGAUGCAGGACGGCACGCGGCUCGCCAUCACGUCCGCCGACGGGCACUCGCUGCAGGUCGUCACGCGCGACGGACAGACGAUCCCCGUCGAGAUCAACGGCUACGCCGAGCCCGAGGAGGUGGACAACCCGGACACCAUCGUGCACCAGCUGCACCUGCAGAAGAGCGUCGACGGCGCCGGACACCUCUACGCGCUCGUGUAGGCGUCACGUGACGUCACUCCGCGCGGGACACGGCACGUCACACCAGGGAUGUUAUGGAUAUCCGUAACCGUAACCGAAACCGAUUCAAGAUUCGGAUAGUUUCGGAUAUG